UAACGACGGUUUUCCCUUUCAUGCUCUCUCUAAUGUGACAAAAAUGCUGUUUUGGCGCACAUCACAGGAACCGUUUACCCCUUCUUUCUCGGAACUACGGUACCGUCUUUGCUGAACCUUGACAUCACCACUCCACAGCGUUGGGGUCUUUGCUGUGUCACUUCGGAAAGUAAAAUGUUUCUGACGGUCGAAUCCGAUGGUUAGUUUCGGUUACGUCGCGUCACUAGAAACAUCUUCGGAACAACGGUUCCGGAACAGACGGAUAUCAUGGCGGAACAUCUUCUUCAACGGUUUGCUACCAUCGGAAGCACCAGCACGGCAGGACCACCACCGACCACGGCAACUAUCAACUCGAGAAUUCAUCAUGAGCCCUUCAUGAAGUAUCCGGUAUAUGGUCCCGGAUCUGGACCAGAAAUUUUCGAGGAAGGCGAAGGCUUUUGGGCAAGUGGAAGUGCUCCAGGGUUCUUCCCUGGUCAAGUACCACCACCUCCUCCUCCACCACCGCCCAUCCCAUAUCGCAUCCCAUAUGGAAAGUACGGCAAGGCACGCUUCAAGGGUGCUUCCGUAGCUAUCCUGACGUUCAUCGGGUUCCUAUUCUUCUUGAGUGUUUUGCAGAACUACAUCCGAGACUACUCCACCACGAGUAGCCCAACGGUUAUCGUGCUGUCGUCGGGUGCAACUAAGGAGAACCAGGCACCACAAUAUCCGUUUCUGCAGAAAAACGAUGGCCUCUUGAGUGCAGAGGACGAUUCCUACAGCUACAAGAAAACUUCGACUGGUGGAAAGAAUCGUAACAAGAAUCCGAAUCAGAAGCGGCAGUUUUCAUCGGACGUUGUAUCGGCGCCACCACCAUUCUUCACCGAUGUUCUUACAGUUGAUGGAUUUUGAAAGCAUUUGCGAUUUGCGAGGGAACGUUUAUUUAAAGUGAAUUAUUUAUUUUAUUAAAUAUUUAUAAAACGGAUGGACGGGAUUAAAAAGUAGUUGUUAAAUAAAAUAGCAGUGGUUAGUGUAA